UAAUGGGGGGCAGGGGGGGGGGAGACUUCCGGAGCCCCCCCCCCCCCUUCCCCCCUCUGGAUCAGCCAGUGGAGAAAACCAAUAUGUCAUUCUUCAUGGCUUACUUGAGGAACGGAGUGACAUUUGCCUCGGAUUAACAGAGCAGAGCUUUUGUAGGCCAGAAAACUGCCGGAUAUUCAUCCUUAGUGUGCUCUUUCAUGAAGGUGGCGGUGCCAAUGCGGGGCUCAAGUAACUCAAACAUAUUUGAAAAGAGUACCCGCGUUUAAUUGUCAUGUAAAGAAUAAGAUGUCCUAAUCCACAAAGGGAGCAGGCACAUUGCCAGCGCACUUGUAAUGGCAGUCCUCAUAUGAAGUCCGAUUACGACGCAGUAUGCUUCAACGUUGCUUAGGCACAAAAGAAGCUAGAACUUUUCCAUUGUGAAUCUAAGCAUGUCAUAGUGGGCCUUCCUCAACACAAAAUAACUUAUUCGUUUCUGUAGUCGGAACUAGCACUGCAGAAAGAAAAGCAUAGAAGAUGUAUGUAAAGGUGCUAUCUGACGGUUUGAGUUGAGAGUUCAAGCAAGAGACAACAUUGCUUCCUUCGUCAUGACUGUUGGAUUUCAUGGUGUGCAAACAGUAUGCUUGCUGGUGCACUUACAGAACUUGCCUGCACAAGGCUUUUCCUUUUGCUUUGGUGCAUAGGCAAACCUGACUGGUCAGGCCCAGUUUUAAUUUUGGGCACAUCUGUGCAAGGAAACCGCCAAGGGCCAGCAACCCUUGGCUGAAGCCUAAGCGGGAUCCAGGCCCAUUCCACCAAUUUGCAUGGCACUCAAUAAAGUUAUUCGAUCUGAUCUGGUCUCUGCAAACAACCUAGGAAUUGGUGUUCCAUACAGGUGAACCCCCCUGUAUCCCCAGUUGGCAAGUCUUAACUUCAUCAGCACAUCUCAACAAGGAACUAUUUCGUAAAUCAGUCAGCUGAAAUCACUGUUUUCAAGGAGCAGGAAGUGCCUCUGUUCGUAUAACUGCACUACUGUAUGUUGCUUCCUUCUGGCUAGUCACGACAUCUUUAUACCUUAUGUACCCUCCUUUGUGUCCUGGACUCACCUUCUGCCCUUUUUCUAUGUUCCAGCACGAACAAGCCCAACAGUGAGCAUUGGAGAGAGCAGCUCCGAGGGCUGCAUUGAAGAGGCAUUGCUAUUUCCAAUGUUGCGUUCUUCAAAAGAAAGAAACUUGACUUUGUGGAGUGCUUUGUGGAACACGAGCCUUAAAAGUUCUGUUUUUCUUUUAUUGUCCACUAUUUAUUUCUUUGCUCAUCCCUGUCAAUCCUAUCAUUGAUGAAUGCUGAAGCUGCUUCACAGACCAGUCAUGAGAAUGGUGUUUUGAAUAAGAACAAUAAACCAAAAAGAAUUUUUGAAGAUUGGAUUGCCUUCCGUCCCACAGUGCUAUUUAUGGCGAAGUGCAUUUCUUCUAUUUGUUGUUAUGCACACAUUUUACGAGCUGUGAAUUAAUUUCAUUCCUUCCUUUUCAUCUCUUGCUUGUUUUAAUGUCUGAAAGGGAACAAAAAGCCUAGCAGUCAUGUUCAAGCUAGCCAUUUCUUCCUACAUUCGUGAAUGCAGUUCCUGUGGUCCAAAGUAUGCGGAAAUGACUGUUCUGAUUUGUGCUAUUUUGUUUUGUGCAGAAUCAAGGUUUCGUGGGCGUUCUUUGGCAACCAGAAUGCGCCGACCAUCGCUGCAGAAGCGCUUCUAUUGCUGCCACCACUGCGGCUACGUGACUGAUAGGCCGUCACACUUGCUAGUGCACAAGCGUACUCACACUGGAGAGAGGCCAUUUCAGUGCCACUUCUGUCCUCAAACGUUCUCGCACAAGUGCAACCUCAAGUCUCAUCUGCUCCUUCACGCAGGCCAACGACCUUAUCGCUGUAGCCUCUGUUCCUUGUCCUUCGUACAGCCUGGUCAUCUAAACAGACAUAUCAGGACGUACCAUCAUAUGCCUUCUCAUGCAGAAAUAAUUUGCCCUGGCCGUCCAGCAAUUGUCAAGCACCGAACAUCACUUCGAAAGGUCCUCCUACGGUGCCAGCAGUGUGACUACGCAACUGACAGGCCGGGAAAUUUAGUGGUGCACAGACGCAUCCACACGGGUGAGCGACCAUUCCGUUGCCACCUCUGUCCUCGGGCCUUCUCGCAAAAGUGCAGCCUCCAGGCCCACCUGUACAUCCACGCAGGCUUGCGACCAUUCAACUGCAGCUUGUGUCCCAUGUCCUUUGUGCAGCGUGGUCACCUGAACAGCCACGUGAGAAAGCGUCACCGCAAUUCUUCACAAUGUUAUGCAAGGUCUUGUGCAUUUGUGAACGUACACAGCUGUGACCUUUAUUCAAAUGGCACGCUGGUGAUCUUCCUUAUGCCUUCUCAUGCAGGAGUAAUACGCCGUGGUCGUCGAGCAACAGUCAAAUACCGAGCAUCACUGCAAGGGCACCUACUACACUGCCACCACUGUGAUUAUGCAACGCACAAACCGUCACAUCUCAUGGCACACAGACGCAUCCAUACGGGCGAGCGGCCGUUCCCUUGCCAUUACUGCCCUCAAAGCUUCUCGCAAAAGUGCAACCUCAAGUCACAUAUGCGCCUUCACACAGGCGAGCGGCCAUUUCAGUGCAGCAUCUGUUCCAUGUCCUUUGUGCAGAGUGGUCACCUGAACAAUCACGUGACAAAGCAUCACCGCAACACCACAUUGUGAAUUAUUAUGCACCUGCGCAACUAGGCUUUGGGAAUUUUGGGUGGACUAUGUGUUGAUGUGUGCCUGAUGAAAGCUAUACAGUCUGUUCCAAAGCACCAGUAAAAAGCUCAGUGCUUACAUACAGUGUCAUCAGCCAAGAUGCUUAGUCACUUUGUGGAUGCUCUGGAUUACCUGAAGCAGUUCCAUCGCAUUGAAACAUUCAAACUUAGUUAAGAAUGUCAUGAAUUUUUUUAUGACAACACACGAGCACCAUUGUACUUGUAAGCAUGUGGGCUGCUCCUGCAUGUAAAGAUGCAGCACACAUAUAAAUCGCAUAGUUACAGUUUAAAGGGAUGUGAAGAUUGAGUAUUCUGCUUGGGCACAAAGAGAGACGGAAAGGCAAAGGAAAGGCAGGGAAUUUAACCACGUCACACCUGGUUCGCUACCCUAUGUGGGGAAGGGGGAAGCAGAGGAAAAGGACAAAGAAAGGAAGAAGGAAAGAGAGGACGUGCACGCAUAGCAGCAUUCACCGUGCAUACUCGGAAGGCUUCAAACUGCAAAGCGUUACAGAAUACGGUUCAACUGUGACCGUCUUGGGUGAAGUAGACUGCAAUCCAUGAUGUUAGCAAAGGUUUGCAAGGACUGGCUCCAAGGAAUCCAGAACUCGCAGUGCGCUUCGAGCUGAUGAGGUUGUCAUUCCGGUGAGUAGUGUGUACAGUGUGCUUGUUAAUGACCUCAACACAGCG